AUGCUGAGCUCAUUUUAUGUGCUGCCGUUGAUCUUGAUGAAUAUUUUAUUUCAAAAUGACUGGCAUAGGAAAAAGAUUUUAAACGAGUUGGGGAAUUAUAACGUCAAAUUGGUAAAGAGAAAAAGUCGCGUUUUAUCAAAUGACACAAGAGGUCGAAUAAACUUUUUGGAAGAAAUUAAAGAAAGCUACAAGCCGCUGUUUGACGUGUACGAAUUGUCUGCCAAGUUUGAAAAUGAACAUAUUGAAAAAGGACAAUCCGAACAAGUGCCAAUUGAUGUAACAAACAAUGCUGAAUCAACAGGAAUAAACAAGCGUGCUGAUGAUUCAAGCCACGUGUUAAAUGAUGCAGAGUCAAGUGAAAAAGGAGAUGGAGAAAUGGAAGUGGAAAACGAACCAGAUAUAUUUAGCAAAUUAAUUAACGAAGGGAAUAUAGAAGACUUUGGUAAGUUGGGUGAAGACGAAGAGGAGAACACAGAAGAACCCAGCCUGAUGAAUCAUGCUCCUGUCCAGGGUUCUCAUGAGGAAGAAGCGCAUGCUGCUGAUAAGGCGGAAGAUUCCGAUGAGAAGAAGGAGGAACAAGAAAAUGAGGAAGUGAAACAGGAGGAGGAUGAAGCAGAAGUAGAAGGAGAAGCAAAAGGAGAAGGAACAGGAAAAGGAGAAGGAACAGAAAAAGGAGAAGGAACAGGAAAAGGAGAAGGAAAAGGAGAAGGAAAAGGAGAAGAAGAAGGAGAAGGUGAAAGAGAAGCAGAAGGAAAAGAAGAAGGAAAAGAAGAAGGAAAAGAGGAUGACCAAGUUGAUGAUGGAACUAUAAACAUAGCUAAGAAAAACUUAGCCGCCAAAAAAAAUAUGCUAAAAAGAGAGGCACAAAAGAAGGCCAAAAAAGGACUUGCCCUGAACAAACCGCAAAAGGAUAAGCGACACGUACAAGAUGAAAACAGCGAAGGAGAGGAUGAAGACGAGGAUGAUGAAGAAGAAGAUGAGGAAGUGGAGGAGGAGAAUGAAAAGGAUAAGGGUGGUGAAUACAAAUUAAAUGAAGGAGAAAACGUUCCACAAGAAGGUAUAAUAGUACAAGAAUUUAAUCACUACAAAAUUGUCACAAACUCGAAUGAUAUCCUCAACGACAUCAGCGUUGACGCGUCAGACAUUUCCAAGCUGAGCAUUCAAAGCAUAAACAUACCUUAUAGCGAAGGGAACAAAACUACCUUCACGCAUCAAAGACACAUAGUCCUAACGAACAAGGGGAAUAAAAAAUAUAGAGUUGUCCUGAUGACAAAGAAUCCCAAUUUUACCGAACUGGAGGAUGAACAGAAUGACAGUGCAGCGAGCAAUACAUUCAUUGAGAAGGAGAGGGUGGAAAAGGACAGGACAGGAAGCGGUCAGGGUGUAGAGGAUGAGGAUAGGACAAAUUUGUAUGGGGGAAGGGGAACACUCGAUUUCAGUAAGGCUUAUAAUAGCAAUAGGAAGGGAAGUGGCCGAGAAAUGGGAACCUCCAGGGGGGUAGAAAAUACCAAUGUGGAGAUGCACGCCGGUGGGGGUGGCAUAAGGGCAACGAUAAACCGACUGUUCAGCUUUUUAACUUUGAAGGGGAAUCCAGAUGAGGGUGCCAGUGGGACGGGAGAAUCGAAGGAGGUUGGUGGUGCAGGUGAUGGCGCUGAUGGGGGUAAGAAAGGAAACGUUAGCGACGGAGGAGACCAACACCUUGAUGAGAACCCCCCCCUUGAUGACCGUACGAACGAUUUGAACGAUAUUUUGAGUGUAGACAAGGUGGUGGACCAGUACCUGCUAAACCUGAAAAACAACAGCCCCGACAAGCAGGAGCUAAUAUUCGUUUUGAGAGGAGACCUGGAUUUGCACUCACCGUACAUGAAAAUGGUCAUACAAAGAAGCAACAAGAAAUUUGAGCAGCACAUAAAGAAGCACUUCCAGCAAGUGGACAGAAUAGUUUAUGACGUCUCCUCGCCGAUAAACUUUUUGUGUUUUUUUGUGCCCACGGUUUUUGACAUGAGCAACUUUCAUGUGUUGAAGGAGGCUCUGAUGGUGUUGCACAGGGAGCUGGAAAUGUACAUGGAGAAUUGGAGCUUCUCCAAUACGUACGUGACGUUUGACGCGCCCAAAGUGGGUCACGAAGUUAGUGGCAGUUCGCCGGAUGGGGGACAUGAUACUCAGAACGACACACACAUGCACGGGCACGCGGAUGGAACCCAACACAGUAAUGGCAAAAAGUUUAUUAAAAAGAAAAAAAAACUGUAUAAUGGUGGUAAGCAGUCCUUUUUGAGCAAAUUUUGGUCCUUGGAUUCAAUCGUUUCCUUCGCUAGAAAAAUGAAGAAAAACAAUAUUGAUAUAGAAAAGGAAAUUUUAAAUUUCUUACCCAAGGAGUUGAGGGAAUAUUCCACGUGGAAUUUAUCCAUCAUCCGAGUAUUUAAUGCGUGGUUUCUAGCAGGCUAUGGGAACAAAAAUGUGAAGGUGUGCAUAAUAGACUCAGGGAUCGAUAAGAAUCACGUCGACUUAAUGAAUAAUCUACACAUCCCUGAAUACUCUGAAGAGUAUGAAAUGACAGAAGAUUUUUAUGACUUUAUGGUUAAGAACCCAACGGACUCUUCUGGGCAUGGGACCCAUGUCACAGGAAUUGUGGGUGGAGUAGCCAAUGGGUUAGGUAUGGUUGGUGUGGCCCCCAAUGUUACUUUAAUAUCAUUAAGGUUUAUUGAUGGGGUGAAAUAUGGAGGAAGUUUUCAUGCGAUUAAAGCGAUUAAUGUAUGCAUUUUAAAUAAAGCUCCUAUUAUCAAUGCCAGUUGGGGGUCUAGCAAAUAUGACGCGAAUAUUUACCUUGCUGUGCAAAGGCUGAAAUAUACCUUUAAUGGGAAGGGCACGGUGCUGGUCACGGCCGCCGGUAACGAGAACAAGAACAACGACGAUCAUCCUUUGUACCCCUCCAGUUUUAAGUUGCCCCACGUGUACAGUGUCGCCUCCGUCAGCAGAAACUUGGAAAUUUCUCCCUUCUCAAACUACGGACUGAAGAGCGUGCACAUCAUGGCACCCGGUCACCACAUAUACUCUACGACGCCAAACAAUUCGUACAAAAUAAAUACGGGUACCUCGAUGGCUGCCCCGCAUGUGUGUGGAGUUAAUGCGUUAAUAUAUUCAGUGUGUUACAACCAAGGGUUCAUCCCACCCGCAGAAGAAGUGUUAGAUAUAGUGACCAGGACCUCCAUCAAAGUUAUCUCACGAAGGAGAAGAACAAUCAACGACAGCCUGGUAAAUGCAGAAGCAGCUGUGCUUACCACAUUGUUAGGAGGACUGUGGAUGCAAAUGGAUUGCCAUUUUGUAAAGUUCAAUUUAGAAGGACAAAAAAAAAAACACAUCCCUGUGGUAUUUUCAGCAUAUAAAAAAGGAAUAUACGAAACAGAUAUUGUAAUAGCAGUUAUAUCGACGGAGGAAAACUCCAAUGCCUAUGGUGAAAUUUCAAUACCUAUUCGAAUAGUCACAGAUCCGACAGUGGAAAAUUUUAAGGAGUCUCCUCGAACUGGGAAGAGAAUGCUGGUCGAUGAGAAUGAAGCAAGUCAUGAUGAAGUACUGUCUUAUAUUUGUGAAAAUGCAUUAUACAAUUUGUAUGAGAUGGAUAGUAAUUUCCUGGUCAUUUCCUUAGUGCUAUUUUUUGUGGCGUUCAUUUUGAUAGUCGUGGGAACGGUGGUACUUAUUAAAAGAAAACGCCACAGCAAAUACUGCGACGAUGAAGACCAUUACCAUAAUAUUCUGAGGAACAGUGUCUUCGAGCAGCACCUCCGCAUUUUAGGCAAUAACAAAAACAACGAACUCGAAAUGGCCAAACGUGCGCAUGUAAGCAGGAUAAGAAACAGCGUCCGAUUCAGCCUUGUGAUGGGCACACAAAACAAUUGUGCUUUCAAGGACAGGGCAUCCCAAAGGUUAAAUUUUUAG